AUGCAACACAAUGACAGGGAAAUAAACUUGAUCUGUAUUUAUGCACCAACCGAUGAUACGCAGAGAAGACGUUUCUUUGAAACUCUGGGAAAUAUCACCAUUACCACGCAGUAUUUUAUUGUCGCGGGCGAUUUUAACUGUAUUGCGGAACUGACUCUAGAUAAGGUGGGAGGAAAUCCUGCGAGAGGUCUGGCAGGGAAUGAAGAGCUGAUGACAUGGACAAACACUUUAGGACUAACCAAUGCGUGGAGAGCUCAACAUCCAAAGGCAAGGAAAUUUACCUGGAGCAAACCAGAUCAAUCAAUCCAAACACGAAUAGACCGCAUAUUCAUACCUAAAGAACUGGCGGAGAAAGCAGAUUCAAACAUAGUUGUAUGCUCCCUAUCGGACCACAAAGCUGUGAUAACGACCAUCCCAUUCCCCACAGAACAACCGAGAGGACCAGGGGUGUGGAAGCUCAAUAACGAUCUCUUGACGGACUUCAUGUACCUACACGAAAUCAACACCUUUUUGGACUACUGGCUGACCCAACAAGAUAGCCAUGAUGAUAUAGGAGAGUGGUGGGAGGAGCUAAAGCAGCACAUAUAAUAUUCAUGUAUAAAUGUAUAAAACCGUUUUUUUCCAAACACUGCCGUGUGUCGAUUGUUUUUGUAUAGAAUCAGAUGUCAAACAUAUCAUUUAUCACAGAAGACACUCUAUAUAUAUAUUCUCUGUGCCGAAAUCUCCAUCUCGUGUUUGUAUUAUAUGGUAAGUAAACCUAUACACGCUUAUAUUCUGUAAGCACUUCGAGUCUUUGCACACUAUUAAAUUAAUUUGCUGUAUAAAGCAAUUUGCUUGCCAGCAGAAUUUCAGUCCAUCGCACGUACAUUCCAAGCGCCGAUUAACUGGCUCGCGUGUCACUCAAACGCACAUGUUUUGCCGGUCGAACUUAUAGAAUACCAAGUAAACAUUUAUUCGAACAUCGCAUUAUUUCACGGUGCGUGACCCGAAACCUUUCCGGGUCACAAUGCAAUUUGCGAGUGAAAGAAGCUCAACCCAUUCACGGAUCUUUAAGCAGCGCGAAAGCCGAUAUGUUUGCAACUCUCGUCUCACAGUCCAUGCCACACGGCUGCCGUGCCCCUCUCCAUGACCGCACGCGCGUGCGCGAGAGAACCACGAGAGUCGCGGUGGGCAAUCACCACAGACUUGACGUGCUUGUGCGAUGAGUAAUCAACCGUUUGUCGACGUCAUAAUCGCUCGCAAGCAAGCUCCUUCUCACCGCGUUUUCGUGGCACAAGUGUUCGGAAGAAAUAUGUGUGGCAAACGGAGAAGAAGGCAUCGCUUCUCGGCCUUUUGGCUAAGUGAGAAGAGUACUGGAAGUUUUUGGAUUGUGGUCAAUCUCCUGCUAUUGAACAAGAAGUUCCUGAUCGAAGAAAGAAGUUAUCUUGCUGUUAUUAUCUUGUCCUGGUCUUGCUGCCUUGGUCUUGUUUUGGUCCCGCUGCCUUGGUCCUUCUACCUUGGUCUUGCCUUGGUCCUCUUGCCUUGGUCUUUGGCUUGGUUUCUUUUUGGUGUUUGUGCUGUUUGCUUGUCUCUGUGUCACAUUUUGUUGGCCGUAGGUUGGCGCCUGCGCUGUGAGUGUGUGGUAUAUAUUGUGUGCACCGCAAGUAUAUUGUGGUUUAAUUUGUUAUAUAAGUUGUGUGAGUUUUUUCUGGUUAUUCCCAAUCCAGGGACCCUAAAGGGGGUAACUGAAGGGAGGGGGUCUUCAGUUCUUUUUGUAUUUUUGAUUGGGGGGUCGUGCUUGAUGAUUCCCCGAUAGCCUGUUUCUUGUUAAGUGUACUUUAAGUUAACACUGCGGUGCACAUCUUCACAUAAUUAUUGGUUUGUCCAUUAAUUAAUUCUUUGUUUCAACUUUUUUUCAUAAUUUAAAUACACAUCUAAUAGUCAUUUAAUUAUGAUUCCGUUUAUAAAUCGGACGGCUGAUAUUCUUUUGUCCGAUCAUAUUGAAGCUUGCGAUGUAAACGUACGCGAGGUUAUAGAUGAUUUCCGUGGUCAAUUUGACAACUUUACGGAUAUUUUUGAGCCGAUAGUUUUUAUGGCGCCUGGCCGUUAUCAUAUUACGUGUAAAAGCGCGCGAAAAUUAGAAGCGGUCAUCCUGUAGUCUCGUUCGUGGUCAUCCUGUAGUCUUUAAGCCGAUUUCCAUAUUUAAAUGGGUUAACAUCACCUGUUUAUCUUAUGGUGUCCCUGAUGAGGAAAUUACCAUAGCUAUGGCAAUUUAUGGUCCCAUUAAAUUAAUUCGCAACGAGCAAUAUUCUCGUGUAUAUACGGGUGUUCGUAAUAUCUUAAUGGAAGUGAUUAAUGAUAUACCGACGUGUCUUCGCAUCGCUGGUCAUUGGUGCACAGUUCAUUACAAAGGUCAAAAGCGGCCUUGUUUCUCCUGUGGCAAGGAAGGGCACUUCAGUAGCAAAUUUCCUGACAAGCAUAUUCAACUGCCUCCUACUUUGCCUGUUAUUCCAACCGUGGCUCCUACUGGUGUUUCUGAAGCUGGUACUUCUGGUGAGGUUGAAACUCGUCAUGUUCUUAAUGAUCUGCUGUUGCAAGUCAGUGAUGGGUUGGUCAAUGGUGUGACCUUCAACCAGCCUUCUAUUAAUGCUGCUUUGGUGGUAGUGGAGCAUCCUGCCUCUUUUGCGUCCGUUCUUUCUUGGGAUAAUGAUAAUGCCCCAUCUACUAGUAGUUCUUGAUGUCGUUCAGUCUUCCCAGGAUCAGGGAAUACGUGAAGUAAUCGAUGAGGAAGUCUCUGCGGUGGUGCAGCGUGUUGUCUUGCCUGAGUCUGUCCUCCCUGUGGGUGAAGAUGCCGAUGUUCAUGUUGGUCAGGAGCAGUCGGCGGGUUUAUCUUUGGCAUCCUCAGAGGUGGAGGAAACUCCUCUCGAAGCACACGAUGAUCUGCCUCUUGGUGACAAUGGGUCACCUCGUCCCUCGAAAUUGACCUCCAAACGAGGGUGUCCUCGCAAAUGGAAGCCUCGAUCAAGAUCUCGUUCACCUCUUCGUGAUGAAGCAACUUACCAGUUGUCUUCCUCAACAGAUUCACGCCCUGAAGAAUUCAAUGGUUUUUCUUUUGAGUCCGAAUCUGUUAAAUCCCAAGUUUUGUCUCCCUCCAUGUGUGAUGAUGGUGAUGGUGGUAAAUCUCCUGACAACAUUUUUGCAUCCCUUACGGCCUCUGAUAUUUGGAAUUCCCCUUUAACUCAAUUCCCACCGAAUCUUCCUUGUGACCCGCAAGAAAGAAUACACUUUCCUACUAAACCAGCAGCCUCACAAGCUUCUGAAGAAUCUUCCUUUAUUUCGCUUUUUUUGCGCCUUCUGAUUCUCCUCCCAACGGACAGGAAUCGUCGUAAAUAG